AGACUCCAAGGUCGAGGCGCAUUGAGAAGAUCUCGACCACUUCAAUCCAAUUCCAAGUGACUGAGAGCGUCAGCAUGCAGCUACUGGGGACGGCAAGCCUCAUGUCCAUACUGCUCAUUGUGUCCAGUGUGAGGGCCACGGCACCUUUGGAAGACAGGCUGAGUCUUCGAGCAAAUCAGGAGCUGAACAAAGAAAGGAAAGAGAUCAUUUUGAAGCUGUUAUCUGGACUGCUGGACUCCAGUAGCAAUCAAAUCGGGAUUGAGAACACUUUCCCGGAUCCAGAGGAUAUGGAAGAAAUGAAAUUGGAGGAGAGGUCCCGCUUCAGUCAGUUACCACAGAGAGAGCGUAAGGCUCCCUGCAAAAAUUUCUUUUGGAAAACCUUCACUUCCUGCUGAUGCCAGAAGACGCACCUCGCCGAAAACUAAAGCCGUCGAGAAAGGAACUGACUUAGCACUGUACAUAAGCUGUUGCUUUUUAUUUUAUUCGUCUGUGGGAUGGGGGGGUUAACAUUUUCUGUCAUGCGCAAGCAAAAUAAAAAAAGCAUGAUUGUGUCAUUUCGCUGCUACCUGUAUGUAUUUUUCCCCUGGUAAUGUCGCAGCAUUCAUCCUGUCAGAGCAAUAAAGUGGAUCCAAGAUAAUCAGA